AUGGCCGAUCCCAAUUCCUCGCCCUCCCCUUCGUCAAUAGACUCGCCGGCGUCCUUCUCCUCCGCGGCCAGUGACUCAGAGCACUCUGGAUCUGAAUCCGGCUCCGGCUCCGGCUCCGGAUCCGGCUCCUCAUCGGCCUAUUCGUCGGAUGUCGACUCGGACCGGUCGAACACCGAUUCCGGCUCUGGCACCGGAUCCGGCUCCGGCUCCGGUUCCUCGGACGAGGAGGAGGAGGAGGAAACUGACUCGACCACCCUGGCCGGUGCUCCGAGGAUUGUCAUCUCGGCCCCGGCCACCGGCAGUCUGUCCAUCAACCUGGGGAAGAUCACCCCGGGCUCGGGCACUGCCAGCUCUUCCGCCUCGUCCACUUCGCUGAGCACCAGCAGCUCCGCGUCGUCCUCCCUUUCGGCAGGGGCCCUCUCAGGCCGGCACACCUCGGAGGGAUCCUCCCACUCCGGCUCGUCCGAUUCCAACUCCGGAUCCUCCUCCGAGGGCGAAGAAGAUGGCCACGAGGAGGAAGAGGAGGAGGAGGAGGACGGUGACGCCGAGGAAGCCGACGAGGAAGAGGCCGAUGACGAUGAGGAGGUCGAUGUCAAUACCGACGACGAAGAGACCGCGCCCCCGCCGGCCGCCGUCAAGAAGCCCACCAGCAAGGAGACCAAAUCCACGGCCCCGGCGUCGGACAAGUCCUUGAAGAAGAUUUCCAGCAAGGGCACCAAAUCCUCCGUCUCGGCUGCGGCGACCUCUGCUUCGGCUUCUGCCUCCUACUCCUCUUCUUCCUCCUCCUCCUCCUCCUCCUCGUCCUCGUCCUCGUCCUCGGCAGAGCCAACCAGCUCGCGCUCUCCUCCGCCGCUGGGUCGGCCUCAAUCCAUGCGCGGCACCAUUCGCCACACGCCCCAUGAGGAACCCGGCGAGCGGGUUUGCCUCUGGGAGGGGUGUUUCGCCAACUUCGAGAAUCUCCAGAGUCUGGUGGUCCAUGUGACCACGGCUCAUAUCGACAAGGCCAUCUUCCCGGUGCGCUGCAAGUGGCAGAAGUGUGCCCGCAAUACCGGCGAUGGCCCGGCCCCCGCCUUCCAAGGGACCAUUACCUCGCGCUCGGCCAUGGUCCUUCACAUGCGCAUGCACACUGGCGAGCGUCCCUUCAUGUGUAAGUGGAUCCCGGCCGGCUCGCCGGAGGGGACCGAGGUCUGUGGGCAGCGCUUCUCUCGUUAUGACAACAUGCAGAAGCACAUCAAGAUGCAUGAGUCUCAUGAUGCCCAGGUCCGCAUCAAGGCCGAGCGCUCAGCCGCUGCCGCUGCUGCCGCCGCCGCUGUCAGCGCCCCGCUGGUGGCCCUCUCGCGCGCAUCCACCCGCUCCCCCUCUCCCGGGCCCGUGUCGCUGGCCGGACCUGGCAUGGGCCUCUCCUCUCGGCCAUCGACCCCCUUGCCAGCCGGGUCGGCGGCCUCCUCUCCGGGGGGCGACCGCCGGGGGCUUGGCGGCCCUAACGCCGCCUACCUCGGGGGCUUCGACCCGAUGGAUGAGGAUGGCAUGCACGGGGAUGAUCGCUUGGGCGAUGGCUCUUUCAAGAAGCGCAAGCUCCAUUCCCUGGCUGGUGGCCGCACGGGGCCGGGGCACCUGGGCGCCGGCCUCCCCAGCGAUCCGAACAUGCCCCUCCCUCAGACUACCCUGUCCGAUCCGCUGCCCGAUGCAUAUGAUGUGUCUAAGCGCCCCCGAUUCUACAGCCCUGCCGUUGCCAGUCUCGAGAAGUUCGACACCCGCGAGUAUGUCCAGGCUCACCGCGUCCAGCUCGACCUCUUCCGUCUGGCUCUCUCCGAAAAUGAGGAGCUCAACCUGGCUCUGCGCCGGGCGAAUGCCAUCAAAGACCGCCUGUCUCGCGAGCGGCGCAUUCUGCUGGACUCCCUGUGUGACUUGAUUCCGCCAAAGAUCUAGGAGCGUGUGUCUUUCCUCCCCCCCCCCC